AGAAGAAGAAGAAGAAGACCGUGCACCAAUGCAUUCCAUUCAUCUUUAGACCUGAAGAAAUCGCGAAUCGAGACAUGCAAGAGGGCUUCAUCGCUUUGCAUAUGUUUACUGAAAAUCUUUUUACGUAGUUGACAGUACUUUUGUUCAGUAAGCCAGCAGUUUCGAUUUCCAAAAUGGGGGAGCCACAGCAGGUCAGUGCUCUUCCACCUCCUCCGAUGCAGUACAUCAAGGAGUACACGGAUGAAAAUGUGCGAAAGGGACUGGCCCCCAAACCCCCUCCUCCUAUUCGAGACAGUUACAUGAUGUUUGGCAAUCAGUUCCAAUGCGAUGAUCUCAUUAUUCGACCACUGGAGAACCAAGGCAUCGAGCGCCUUCACCCUAUGCAGUUUGACCACAAAAGAGAACUCAAGAAACUAAAUAUGUCCAUCCUGGUCAACUUUCUGGACCUUCUGGACAUCCUCAUCAAAAGCCCAGGCAGCAUUAAGCGAGAGGAGAAGCUGGCACUUUAG